GUUUCAUUGCAUCCACCGACCGUCGAAAUCAUAAUUGGCGCAGUCGGUAGGAUACUCGCGGAUAGUUCGUGAUAAUAUCCAACUUCGAUACCGUGUUCGCGAGCUACCCGGGUGGCUAAGCACCGUUUUCGAGUAUCCGAAACCUAUUCGGUUCGAACGGUUCGGGGGAGAUCUGAAAAUCGAUUCCGCAAUUGAUACCAAAAUUCAGAUAUGCUGAAACUCCUGGUACUUCAUCUCUUCCUCAUACCAGCCCUAACGCAAGAGAUAAAACUUGAGAGUUUGGGAAAUGGACCCGGAAUUUUACCAUUCAAACUAGGUUUAGCUAAGAUUAUAUCUCACUAUCAUUCUUUCAUACAACACAUAGACCUUCAUGAGAUACGCAGUACAAUCGAAUCUGUGAAAAACCAGCUAGAUAGUUUUAGCCCUCAAUUACAUAAUAGAACCAACUCAUUAUAUCAACCUCACAUGAAUUACUUGGAAAAUAAGCUUUAUAAUGUUUUAAACCAAUUAAAGUCUUUUGAGACAGAUCGUGCAAAGAGAGGCCUCAUAGAUGGACUCGGGUCAGUGAUCAAAAGUAUAACGGGAAAUCUCGAUUAUACGGACGCUCAGCAUUAUGAUGAAGCUAUAAAAUCCCUUCAGGCCAGUGAAAACAAAUUAGUCACUGAAUUCAAUAGUCAUGUCAGUCUCUCUAAAGAAUGGUCCUCACAGUAUUCAAAAUUAUAA